AAUGAAGAUAAUUGCUUACGGCUUCCUACUCCACCCCGGUGCCUAUCUGCGGAAUCGCUGGAAUAUGCUCGAUUUCGUUAUAGUAGUGAUCGGACUAUUCAGUACUGUUUUGUCGGUACUUGACCAAAAAGGAUUCGACGUCAAAGCGCUGCGCGCUUUCCGCGUUCUUCGGCCGCUACGUCUAGUAUCGGGCGUGCCCAGUCUUCAAGUGGUGCUCAACUCCAUUCUGCGUGCCAUGGUGCCUCUUCUACACAUCGCUUUGCUUGUCAUCUUCGUCAUCAUCAUCUAUGCCAUUGUUGGUCUCGAGCUGUUUGCUGGAAAGAUGCACAUGACUUGCUUCCACAACCGCACUGACGAGAUGGCUUUUGAUGAUCCUCAUCCCUGUAAUCUUGACAAAGGUUACAAAUGUAACUCAAGUGAGAAUCUAGUCUGCAAAAAGGGAUGGACGGGUCCGAACGACGGCAUUACAAACUUUGACAAUUUUGGACUUGCUAUGCUAACGGUCUUUCAAUGCGUAACCAUGGAAGGUUGGACUACGGUCAUGUAUAAUAUUAACGACGCUGUCGGUAAUAUGUGGCCUUGGAUCUACUUCGUAUCUUUAAUUAUAAUCGGUUCAUUCUUCGUCCUCAAUCUCGUACUCGGUGUACUUAGCGGGGAGUUUUCCAAGGAACGAGAAAAGGCAAAGGCCCGCGGCGAUUUUCAAAAGCUCAGAGAAAAGCAACAAAUCGAAGAGGAUCUCCGCGGAUAUUUAGAUUGGAUUACCCAGGCCGAGGAUAUUGAACCCGAAACCGAAGACGGUGACGACGAAGAUUCACCUGGCAGACAACGUAAGCCUUUUGUUUAUUAUAUUCUUUUUUUUCUUUUUUUCAAUCAAAAAAGAAAGAAAAGAAAAGAAAUUGUUGCAUCUUGACAUAUUUUAAUACUCUUUCAAAUUUUCUUCUUCUUUUUUUUAAUGAAUAUUUUUUAUUUUUUUCAUCUUUUUUGGUACUAAUAACGUAAAUUCAUAUUAAUUAAAUAGUCGUAUUCCGUUUUUUUUUCUUCUAUUUUUUUUUUUGCUAUUACUGUUUUUGGUUUCGAGUGAGAGUGUUGCGUACAGGAAAAAGUGCAGCGAGGAAAAUUUCGGUGAAGAAGAGUCGGUGGAGAGUGAGACGCAAAAAAGGCAAAGUAUCCUCACACUCCACAAUAACAUAUAAUUAUACAUUUAUCUAUGUAUACGGCUACGUGUAUAAACCAACGUUUGUACAUGUAGAUAAAUAGUAAA